AGCCGGAUUCUGAAAGGUUUGCCGGCCUACCAUUAGUAAACAUGUCGGGGAAUCAGCUGGACGCGGCGGCAAUGUCACUACCUACACCAUGAAGAAGCUCAGGACGGAUAAGAUAAUGGCCACUGUCAACGAAUACCUCAAGAAAAGAAAUCUAGAGACUCCAGCACCAGGGGGCACGGCCAGCGAGUGUCACGCUGGGGUGGUGGGGCUUGUGUCACCCUCCACACCCAACACCUUCACCUUCUCCACCACCUCCACCCACCACUCACAGAUUGACCUCCAGUAUGUCAGACUCAAGUCCUGGAUGAUGGACGCCAGUGAGCCAUGCCGAUCUGAACUGUCCCAGGUGCUGUUUCCGCUGUUCAUCCACCUCUACCUGGAGCUGGUGGCUGGCACGGGGCGGCAGACGGCCAGAAAGUUCUUUGGCAAACACUACCAGGUGUUCUUGGUCAACAGAGACUAUGAGAGCAUCUUGUCACAGGUGCUCACUGCUGCCAAUGUUAGUUCAUCAGUAGACAUGUCAAGUUCUCCUAUCAUUCAGAAUCUCAAGAGUGGCAAGUACCUGGUGCGUCUCAGUGAGGUCACACUCAACUACUUCCUGCGUUACCUGAAGGCCACAGAGAACCCAACACUGCUGCAGAUCUUCAACACGUACAUAGAGGUGGAGGUUGACGACUCUGGCGCAGGCAGCUCUGGUGCCAUCUUCCGUACUCCAGACAACCACUCUGGGGCGUCCAACGGCCUGGUUAACGGACACACGCCAGAGUCCAUGACAUCGGAAACACUGGCGGCCUCAGCGGACGGCAUGGACUGCACUCAGGAGGAGCUGCAGAAGGUGAAGGAUGCAAUAGCCCGCCUGAAGUCGGCCCAGCCCGUGCCACCGUCACUGUGCGUGUAUUCCGUGUCUAACGCUUACAACGGCCUCAGCUGUGCCUGUGUCAACUCUGAUGGAAGUCUGUUGUCGUGUGGCUUUGAGGACAGUGUUGUGAAACUGUGGAAGUUGACCGCUCCAGUGCAUAAUGUAGGGUUCAGGCAAAAGACCUUCACAGUGGGGCCCCGCGGUGGCACCUCCCACACCCUACUGGCAUGCGACGCCUCGCGCAUCGAGGACGACGGCGAUGGAGCCGCUGAGGAGGAGGAGGCCGUGGCCGAGGCCAGGAACGGUGCCCGGAGAAGGAACCGUGGAGGGGAACUGUUUGCCCUGCGGGGCCACCAGGGACCAGUGAUGGACACAUGCUUCACCCAUGACUCCUCACACCUGCUGUCCGUCAGUGAGGACACCACCAUGAGGCUUUGGAACCUGGAGAGUGGCCAGGCUGUGGCACUGUACCGUGGCCACACCUACCCCGUGUGGUGUGUGACCGCCUCACCACUCACCAUGCACGUGGCCACUGGUUCGUACGACACAACUGCCAGGAUAUGGGCCACGGACUACACCUACCCGCUGCGCACCCUGGCCGGCCACACACAGUCUGUGGACUGCGUGGCCUUCCACUCCAAUGGAACCUACCUGGCCACUGGCUCCUGCGACCGCACGGUGCGCCUGUGGCAAGUGAUGGACGGGGACGUGGCCCGCGUCCUCGUCCACCACAAGGCUCCCGUCAGUGCUCUCGCCUUCUCUCCUAAUGGAAAGUACCUGGCCUCGGGCAGCGAGGACGGGGCGGUGCUGGUGUGGGACCUGGCAGCAGGCCGAGUGCUGACCGACCUUGGAGGGACAGACAGCAGCACCGGCAGCACAGAGACCUCAGAGCACCUGGACCCCAUAGCCAGCCUGUGCUGGUCUGCUGAUUCGGCACUCUUGGUGUCAGCCUCCACAGACGGUUGCGUUCGUUCCAGCCACUUCAGGCAGACCACGAUAAGUGAUGGCAGCAGCGGAUGGGAGCUGAGUGAGGUGCGGCAGGUGGUGUGUGGCGCCGGUACAAAUGGAGGUGUUGGAGGCGGACAGCUGCUUCACACCUCCCUCACCUGUCAUAAUUACCUCACAGCCGUCACUGCCCUCGACGUAGAGAGAUAAAACUGUGUCUCUUGUUCUCUUUUUCCCCCUUUUUCUCUCUUCCAUUCUCAUUCUCCCUUUUUUUUUUAUCCAUUCUUCUCUUUAAUUAUUUGUUUUCAUUGUUCUCCUAUCCUUUCUUUUUCUUCCAUUCUCCUUCUCUUCCCUUUUUUACGUAUGUAUUCUUUUCUUUGUUUUCUUUCAUCUUUUCUCUUCAUCUUCUUUUCUUGUUUCCAUCUUCCUCUUUUCUUUGUCUUUUACCUUCUCCUCUUGGUUCUUUUAUUUGUCUUCACUUCACUUUAGUGCUCUCCCUUUAUCCUUUCUUUUUUAUUUUUUCCUAUCAUAUUUUUAAGAUUCACAUCUCAUCAUCAUGUUUUCUAUACCCUCAUCUAUUUUUUUGUUUUCUCAUCUCUUAAUAAUUAUGCUUAUUUUCUCUAUUUAAAGCUUAUCUCUGUAUUAAAAACAUCAUAACUACUUUUAUGUCUCUUCCUAAUUGAGUCUCUGUUGAACUACUGCUCCUUUGCUAAUUCAUAAAAUCAACUCUUUAAAAUCUAGUAUGCCUUUACAUUUCCUCUUCUCUUUAAAGCCAACCUCUCUGAGCAUCUCCCUUCCUCCUCCUCCUCCUCCUCCUUUGCUAAUUCAUAAAUCAAUCCCUCUUUUAAAAAUUUACUAUGAUAUCUUUACAUUUUCUCCCCUUCUCACCUUGUCUUACUAAGCAUUCUUCCUUCCUUCCUUCUCAUCUUGCCCUCCCAGAUAGUGUUGUGUUGAGGUGGGCACAGCAGUUCGCCUCUCUAUCAGUGCUUCAUACAUAUGCAAUCCAGUACAUAUUCAUGAUGUAAUAUUAAUUUGUUCUUAUACUUAAGGUCUGAUCUCUGAAAAUGCUCAAAAGUGGAUGAAAAAAAAGAAAAAAGGUUGAAAAGAAUUAAGAAACAAGGAUUAUCUCUAAUUUAUGUAGCUUUUUUUUAUGAAUUAAGAUGAUUUGUGUUUUACUGAGGAAAUGUCAAUAAUGGUUCUUACUGGCCUCGCUUUUAAAGGUGGAAGAAAGGAGUAACUGCAUCAGAAGAGUUGAAUAUAAGUUAAUGGACAAAUGGAAGAGAGUUAUUGAAAGUGGUGUGAGAGUGAGAGUGGAUGUUUUAGAUGUGAAAGGGAAGUUUUGAGAAGAAAUAUACGGAAGCAGUAUUGGUUGUGAUGUGUUGCUGGGCAGGUUAAGUACACCAUUCUAAAAUGUUUACAUAGGAAUGGUAGAAAGUGAGACAACUAGAGUGUACUUGAGUAUUGGUAGGCUUAGUGGGUGGAAGAGAGCACCCUCCAGUGAAAUGGACAGGACAACAGCAUAAUUCAGUACAUACAAGGACAACAAUAAAUGGAGACCUGCUGCAGGCAAGUCACCAGAUAUAGAGACAAGAAUGACAGUAAUACAUUUUCUUCCACUUAUUAAGAGUCCCAUAAAAAUGUAGUUUUACUAUAUAUUUUUUAUAUUUACCAUGAGUUCACCGCUGUUUGCUUCAUUUUGUUCAUAUUUAAAUAUUACAAUUUCAUCAUAUGACAAAAACUUGUCCUGGCUGACUAAAGCACUGUAGCAAGCCGAGUUGUACAAAUGUUCUUGGUACAAUACAAUAUUAUGUGUAUUUUCUUACAUCCAUCCCCAAA